AUGUCGGAUGCAGCUCCGAGCAACGUUCGCGCACCUUCAGCGGUUCGUGCCGAGUUCAACGUUUCGCAGUCGGAGGCAACUGUGGACGGCGGCUCGUGCACGGCGACAGCCAAUGGCGCGUCAUACAACAUGCUGCAGUUCCACAUGCACGUGCCAUCGGAGCACACUUUGAACGGCCAGUACCUGGGCGGUGAGGUGCAUUUCGUGCAUAGCAACGCCGACAGCUCAGCUCUGCUCGUGACGGGUGUGUUUUUUAAGGCUGUGCAAGGAGCGAGUGACCCGUGGGUGGUAUCCGUACUGGACGCGAUGGACCGUGUGAGCGCGAACGCGACGGCGUCUGCCACGUUGGCACCGUACUCUGACUUGGUGAACAAGGCGGCGGACGCACAGGGUGUGUUCAACUGCGCUGGUAGUCUGACGACGCCUGGUUGCAGCGAGAUCGUGGACUGGUGGGUGGUGAAGAAGACUGUGGACGUGUCGACGGGCGACCUGGAGCGCCUGCAGCGUGAAUAG